GUCUAAAAUGUCUCUCCCUCUUCUCAAGUGGACGUGGUCUCCACUUGUUGCGCCCUGUGUUCCCGCGCGAAUCGUCUUCUGUAGCAAAAUGUCCACAACUCCUAGGCGAACUCCGCCUUCCAACCCUAACCCAGGCUCUCAAGAAAAUCCCAGUGGGGAUUCUGCGGCGGAAGCUCGCGUAUUUAUUAGGAGAAAGAGAAUGAAGAAGGCAGUGGAAAUUGUUGCCAAAGAGGUCGAGAAAGAAUCUCCAAAUAAAAAUGUUCUUGGACUUCCUGAUAUCGAGGAUUUUUCUUACAGGAAGGAUGCCAUCAAUUCUCAAUCAAAACCUGUCUCAAGUGAAGGCAUGAUUGGGAAGGAAGUUCUAUCCUUAAGCCAAAAAACAGGACAACCACCUCCCAACUGGGAAAAGGUCCUUGAAGGAAUCCACAAAAUGAGGUCUUCUGAAGAUGCUCCCGUGGACUCCAUGGGGUGUGAGAAAGCUGGGAGUUCUCUUCCUCCCAGGGAAAGAAGAUUUGCUGUCCUCGUAUCUUCACUCUUGUCCAGCCAAACCAAAGACAAUGUUACACAUGGAGCUGUUCAGCGUCUCCUUCAAAAUGAUUUACUUACUGCAGAUGCAAUCGACAAAGCUGAUGAAGCCACCAUCAAAAGCCUGAUAUACCCUGUUGGUUUUUACACGAGAAAGGCUAGAAACAUGAAGAAAAUUGCUAAAAUUUGCCUCACAAAGUAUGAUGGGGACAUCCCUACUACAUUGGACGAGUUGCUUCUACUGCCAGGGAUUGGGCCUAAGAUGGCUCAUCUUGUUAUGAAUGUUGGAUGGAAUAAUGUCCAAGGGAUAUGCGUAGAUACUCAUGUGCACCGUAUAUGUAAUCGCCUGGGAUGGGUGUCACGUACAGGGACGAAACAGAAAACUAGAACUCCUGAAGAGACUAGAGAGUCCCUGCAACUAUGGCUUCCAAAGGAAGAAUGGGUACCAAUCAAUCCUCUUUUGGUGGGAUUUGGACAGACUGUUUGUACACCUUUGAGGCCUCGCUGUGGAAUCUGCACGGUAAGGGACUUGUGUCCAUCUGCGUUUAAAGAGGCAUCAAGCCCUUCUCCUUCUUCCAGGAAGAAGAAGUAACAGGUCAUAAGACGUGGUAAGGUCUGGGAGGCAUGUAGGUUUUUUCUGGCUUCCUCGUGCUAUCUCACAUGUAUUUUAGACAAAUAGAUGAUGCAGGAUAAUUAGGUCCACUAUUUUAGGUCUGAAAAACGCUUAAUGUACGUGCAGUGCACGAUCGGUGUCUGAACUGGUAAACUUAGGUAUGAAGAUUUUGGUAGUACUACAUGCAUUGGAAGAAUAGUUGGAUAAUUUUGUUGAAAUAUGUUGGCCGAGAAGUCUGCUUUGCAAAUUGAAUUGCGCCGCUGCAAGAUGGAAAAGACGGUGUUUGGUGAGGAGUGUCAGCUUCAUUUCGUGGAUGGUUAAGCGAGCCGGGACUGGUGAGGAUCACAAAUGGUUUGAGCAAAGAGAUAGGCCGUAGAUGACCCGAAGGAUAUGGUGGGGAGAGACAGUGAUAAAGAACCAAAGAAAAACUGAGAGGUGGGAUUUGUCUGUGUAACAAGUAGUGUGUAUUUAAUCCACAUUUGAACCGAACACAACAGCAAUUUAUGUUUUGUGAUGGCCUUUUGUUCUCUGAA